AUGACCGAACUUGAACUUCGAUCUACCCAUGAUGACGUCCACAGUCAAGCUCAACCUCAACUGUGGGGAAAACAAAUACAAGAAGCACCUCAAUGCAUUACACUCAUGGCUAAGUGUAAGCUUCUUUUGUCCAAAGCCUCAAUGGAAGGCCUUGAGGUGUCACCCAAUGGACCUGAACAAGAGCCACUUCUAGUUGUGAUGGGGCGUUUCUGUCGUAUGGGCGAGUCAACGUUCAGAUCAACCGCAACACGCAUGAAGGCAGUGGGCCGCCUUACCCAUGACAUGUGGAAGCUUGACGGCACACUUGAUUCGGUCACGAAACAUAUCAAUAUGAAGCCGUGCAGAAUGAGAGAUUUGCGUUUGCAGUCUCAUAUGAAGUCAGGGCUGUCUAAAAUAGGCCAAUCUGUCUCAGAAAUCUCCGCUGUGAAAGAUGAGUUCUCGGAAUGGAGGAGAACAACAAAUAACUUAUUAGACUGUCUAAAAAAUAAGACUUUCUCUGGGCGAGCUAGCCCCUUUGUUCUUGCGUCGGUCAUAGCGUCCACAAUCUCUGAUUCCCCUCUGGGGUCUAUUGUGCGACUCGGUUCACAGUGGUGGCUGGGGACGACGAUCAGAAGACUGAAGCAGCAAAUAAGUACUCUUAACACAGUACUGGUCGAGAGCCGGAGUGAGAACGAGUCUUUGACAAAAAUGAUUGACAUUCUAAAAAUCACUUUAGAGGAUCUUGAUAAACUCCAACGGGAGAUCUCAAAAUUUAUGGAUUUCUUGAUUAGUAUACAGGAUAUUGUGGCUGAGGUUAAAGACGGCGAUGACCGUGUCUUGAUAAAGGACCUUACGGCGAAAGACAUUGACGACAUGAAUGACGACCCACAGUUAAAGAAAGAUUAUCUUCGAGAUGUUUCUCUCAUGAAAGAGAGACUUUCUAUCGCAUCCAGGGCAACUGGACUAUACACCGAGCUUUCAGAUAAGUUCAUACUUCCUGCCAUCGACUGGGUGGGGACAUUGUCCACUCUCAACUUGUCCGAUGAGGCUUAUGGAGAAAUGGAGCUUCAAAUCAGUGCCAAACGACUGGAGUUGUCAGAAGGAGCUGAGCAGUUGGUUACGAAGCGGGUUGCUGAAAUUGGCAUUGAACUCAAGGCCCGCUGUCCCCAGGCAGCUGUUACUGAACUCGCGGACGAUGAUUCAGAGGAAUUCGAAGAACGUGUUAACACCCAAGUCUGA